ACGUGCCGUUGUUGUGGUUCAAAGUCACGUGAUCCCGAGAGCAAGGCGCCGCAGGCUCCUCCUCCAAGAUGGCGGCGUCCAUCGCGCAGUGCUAUGACUCACUCCUGCUUAAUCUUGAAUUAUAGCUUUGAGUAGGUCUGCUAGGCCAUGGACCGGCCGGGGUUCAUGGCCUCGCUGGUGGCUGGUGGGAUAGCAGGUGUUUCUGUUGACUUGAUAUUAUUUCCUCUGGAUACCAUUAAGACCAGGCUGCAGAGUCCCCAAGGAUUUAAUAAGGCUGGUGGUUUUCAUGGAAUAUAUGCUGGUGUUCCUUCUGCUGCUAUUGGAUCCUUUCCUAAUGCUGCUGCAUUUUUUAUCACCUACGAAUAUGUGAAAUGGUUUUUGCAUACGGAUUCUUCUUCAUAUUUGAUGCCUGUGAAGCAUAUGUUGGCUGCCUCUGCUGGAGAAGUGGUUGCCUGUCUGAUUCGAGUUCCAUCUGAAGUGGUUAAGCAGAGAGCACAGGUAUCUGCUUCUUCAAAAACAUUUCAGAUUUUCUCUAACAUCUUAUAUGAAGAGGGCAUCCAAGGGUUGUAUCGAGGCUAUAAAAGCACAGUUUUAAGAGAGAUUCCUUUUUCUUUGGUCCAGUUUCCCUUAUGGGAGUCCUUAAAGGCCCUCUGGUCCGGGAGGCAGGAUCAUGUGGUGGAUUCUUGGCAGUCAGCAGUCUGUGGAGCUUUCGCAGGUGGUUUUGCAGCUGCAGUCACCACGCCCCUGGAUGUGGCAAAGACAAGAAUAAUGUUGGCAAAAGCUGGUUCCAGCACUGCUAGAGGGAACGUGCUCUCUGCCCUGUACGGGGUCUGGCAGUCCCAGGGGCUGACAGGAUUAUUUGCAGGUGUCUUCCCUCGAAUGGCAGCCAUCAGCCUGGGCGGCUUCAUCUUCCUGGGGGCUUAUGACCAAACACACAGCUUCCUUUUGGAGGUCAGCAGAAAGCAUCCUUGAAGCAGAGACAGCCUCUCAUGCACUUUCUAGAAAGGGUUCUGCUAUGGGAGCCUUCUUUCUGGGGAGCAACAGUUUGCCCAUCUGAGCUACAAGCCUCAGCACUGACGUCCAGUUCUGCUGAGAUGACACUGGGACCGUGUUGUCUGUGGCACGGGUUGGCUGGGAAGAAGUCAAGAGAAGAAACCAUAUCCAUGCAGUGCUUUGAACAGUUUUCUCAGAACCCCUUAAUAAAUGUUUGUUAAUGUCGA